AUGGCGUCCCAGGAUGACGACAAAAGCCACCCGCAGGUCCGACAUGAGACUGAGCGCAACCCCUACUCGUCCGCCAGCCGCUGGCGCCACCAGGAGUCUUCGUCCUUUCACCGCCAUGCCGGCCAGGAGCACGGCCAAGCUCGCGAGCCCGUCACCACCGGGACGACGGCCCCCCUUGCCAGCUUCCUCAACUCGAACCGCGCCGAGGCUGAUGGUGACGACGCCAACGCCGCCGGCCAGCACCAGCCCAUCAACGUUGCCGCGGGGCCGGGCCAGCUGGACGAUGGGCGUGGCCAGGCCGUUGCGCCAGACGGCAAGGACAUUGUCUGCGGCCCGUUGCUCAACUACCGCCGCAUGGACGAGGCCCGAUGGUACGGAAGCGUGCUCAUCGUCGCCAAGGGAGGCGGCCAUCAAGUCCUCUACCAACCCUCUCUCAUCUUGAAAAGGGUCGGCCAGGCACGGCAGCUUGCCUCUGCGCCCGCGCACGGGACUGGCGCCGACCAGAGCACCCAAUUCGAGUCGCGGCGCCUCUACUCGGACCCUCGAGUCACCUUCUGGGCAUUUGACAUUGCCGUGCCGCUCGAGCCCGACGAGAUCAAGUACGAGUAUCACGUCCCCGGCAUGCGCAUCUCCAGCGAGCACAAACCCCGUGUCAACGCCUUCUUCGUCCCCGCCGCCGACGAGUCCAUGCGACUCAUGUUCCACUCGUGCAACGGCUUCAGCGUCGGCACCGACGAGGACGCCUACAGCGGCGCUCCGCUCUGGAACGACGUCAUGAGGAAGCACGCGCACGCGCCCUUCCACGUCAUGAUUGGCGGCGGCGACCAAAUCUACAACGACGGCAUCAGGGUCGACGGCCCGUUGCGUGCAUGGACUGAGAUCGCCAACCCCAAGAAGCGGAGAGAUUACCCGUUCCCGGAGACGCUGCGCGCCGAAUGCGACGACUACUACCUCCAGAACUACAUUCGAUGGUACGACUCGAAGCCAUUUGCCAUUGCCAACGGCCAGAUACCCCAGCUCAACAUCUGGGACGACCACGACAUUAUCGACGGCUUCGGCUCGUACGUCGACCACUUCAUGCGCUGCGAUGUCUUCCGCGGAAUCGGUGGCACCGCGCACAAGUACUACAUGCUCUUCCAGCAACAUAUGGCGCCGCCGCCGUCCACAUAUACGUCUGACUACCUCGACUCGGAUGGCGAGGCUCCGGGCCCGGAUCCGCAGCAGCUCAUCGACACCUUUGUGGCCGAGCCGAGACCGGACCAGCAGUACAUUGUUGGAACGGAGCCGGGACCCUAUGUUGCGGAGCACUCGUACAACAUCUACUCGCGACUCGGCGCUCGCGUCGCCCUCGUUGGCAUCGAUGCGCGAACCGAGCGCACGCGACACCAGGUCAACUACCCCGAGACGUACGACCUCAUCUUCAAGAGGCUGCGCAGUGAGUUGGGCGCGGCUGCAAGCUCUCGGCGGCCCAUCAAGCACCUGAUACUACUCCUCGGCAUCCCUAUUGCGUACCCGCGCCUGACCUGGCUCGAGAACGUGCUGCGCAGCCCGAUCAUCGGGCCGGUCAAGUUCCUGCACCGCCGCUUUGGCCUGGGCGGCGGGCUCUUCAACCACUUUGACGGCAGCGUCGACCUCCUCGACGAUCUCGACGAUCACUACACGGCCAGGACCCACAAGACGGAGCGGGCAGAGCUCAUGUUGCAGCUGCAGGACAUUGCCACCGAGUUCUCCGUCCGCGUCACCAUCUUGGGGGGCGAUGUGCACCUAGCCGCCCUGGGCCGCUUCUACUCGAAUCCCAAGCUCAAGGUGCCGGUCGAGGAGGACAACCGAUACAUGGCCAACAUCAUCUCAUCGGCCAUUGUCAACAAACCCCCUCCCCAGGCGGUCGCCAACCUCCUUGCGAGGAGGAACAAGAUCCACCACUUGAACCACGACACGGACGAGACGCUCCUCGACUUUUUCGACAAGGACCCGGGCGAUGCGAACAAGACGGCCAACCACAACAAGUGCACAAUGCCGAGCCGCAACUUUGCCACGCUGACGGAGAACUCGCCCACCGCCCCGGUAGUGCAGGCCAAUGGCGACGCACCGGCAGCAAGCCAAGACGGCGCACUCGAGACGUUCCUCGGACGAAACGGCCAUUCUCAGCUGCACAAGGGCGAGGUCGGCGCCGGCACCAAGCACAAGGCGGCCUCGAGUGAGACUCACGGCCGCGGGAACGAUGGCAGCCUCGAUAUUUGCAUCAAUGUCGAGAUCAACCAGCACGACCCCGAAGGCAAGACGCAAGGGUACGGAUUGACGGUUCCAGCGUUGCGGUGCGAGACGCGGGCUUCAUCAACCACGUCGGCUACGUCUCGAUAG